AAAAACAUUCACAAUGAGGUGCUACAUUCUAUUACUUUGCAUCGCAACAUUUCUUCGACAUUCUGAAGCGCUACGUAAAGGAUCAACGGAUUAUGAAGACAUGUCCUUCUGGCUAAAGUCCGGCCAAGAAACCCUGCAUAAAAUCCUGGCGGAGCAGAAGAACGAGAAUCGUGCCAAAAACGUGAUCAUCUUCAUUGGGGACGGUAUGGGCCUGUCUACCAUCACAUCCGGUCGAAUAUAUGUAGGUCAGCUCAAUGGUCAGAGCGGUGAAGAAUAUCAACUCUCGUUCGAGAAGUUCCCCAACACCGCCCUCGCCAAGACUUACAAUGUAGACAAGCAAGUACCAGAUUCCGCAGGGACGGCUACUGCUAUAUUUUCUGGUGUGAAAACCAAAUACAGAAUGGUUGGACUGGAUGCCAGAGCCCAAGUUAGCAAGUGCGACGAACAGAUCAACGAAUUAAGCAAACUGAACACAGUAGCCGAUUGGGCACAGCAAUCCGGUAUAGACACUGGAUUUGUUACCACCACCCGUGUCACCCAUGCCACUCCCGCGGGACUUUACGCGCAUAUUAAUCAUCGAGAUUGGGAAUGUGAUAGCGCGAUACCAAAGAAACAGCGAUAUUGCAUCAAAGACAUCGCGAGACAACUCGUUCAUGAUGAACCAGGGAGUCAGUUUAAGGUUAUCAUGGGCGGAGGAUUAAGUGAAAUGGGUAUGGACGUGAAAAUGCCUCUGAAGAAGUUUGAUGAGUCCAGCAACUGCGAACGAUCUGAUGGCAGAAACUUAGCAAAUGAAUGGCAAGAGAAUCAUCCCAAGGGAAGGGUUGUCACCAACACAUACGACCUCAUGUCUAUUGAUAUAAGCAACACAUCGCAUAUCCUCGGUGUUUUCUCGCCUAGUCACAUGCCCUAUCACGCUGUAAAAGACGAUGAGACACCUUCGCUAGCAAAUAUGACAACGCAAGCCAUAAGACUGUUGAAGAAGAACAAAAACGGAUUUCUGCUAAUGGUCGAGAGUGGCAAAAUCGAUAUAGCCCAUCACGGCAAUUGGGCAAAACUGGCACUGCGCGAAUUAUACGAACUCGACGAGGCAGUUAAGGUGGCUCAACGACUAUUAAAUAUGGAGGAAACAUUAAUUAUCGUCACAGCCGAUCACUCGCAUUCGUUCACGCUGAACGGAUAUCCCACGAGAGGCAACGACAUCCUCGGUUUUGGCAACAAGAAAGCUAGUCAAAUACCCUACGAGACGCUCUCCUAUGCUAACGGACCAGGAUUCUUCUACCAUCGAAGAAAUGAUACCAAAGAUGUUAACGAAACCUGGAGAAGAGUCGAGGAUGAUCCAACUCGCGGUGAACCCUUCUACAGGCACUUCGCUGGCAAAUUCCUCAAAGACGAGUCUCACGGUGGAGAAGACGUCGGGGUUUAUGCCAACGGUCCCUAUGCGCACUUGUUCCGAGGUACUUUUGAACAAAAUUAUAUUGCUCACGCCGUGGCGUAUGCGGCAUGCUUUAAAGACUGGCCGUCUCAUUGUGACAAUGCUUAUCAUCGUUAUUUUUAUGAUGUUAAUAUGUCAUCGCCAAACAACAGGAAAAAUUCAGCUAGACAGAACACCGUAUCGUUUGCGAUAAUAAUAACUUUUCUGUUUACGGCAAUUUUUAUACGGCUGUGAUAAACAUUAUUGCAUUUUCCUUUCAUAGUCAAAUUAACAAUAAUGCGUCGCGAGAAGAUUCAUCUCGAGUAUAAUUGGUACAAAUAAUAAAUAUUUCCUUGUGCUUUUACUGAGAAAUUUUCGAAUUGCAUAUCUUGCUAUAUCACUUAUUUGCUAUACAGUGCUACACCAACGGCACAACUUAAAGAUUGUUAUUUUUUAUGCUUACAAGAAAUUAAAAACAGUGGAAACAUAAAUAAAAAAA